CUUACCUUCGGACGAUCACCGUCGGGCACACACAUCUGCUCAUCAUUGACCUUGUGCUUGGGAGAACAUCUCGCUGAAAUCGUCAUGUCUACAACGUCGACCCCCAACGACUCCCCCGCGCACGUUCAGCCACUGCACAACCCUUCGCAAGCCGCGCACGUCGUCGUGCCUCAGGCACCCCUCGGCAACACAACCAAUGGCUUGCCAAGCCAAGCGCCAGGUAUGGGGGCGAAGGCACUUCUGGCAAAGAGGCUGGCGAAUCACAACCCGAAGUAUAUCUCACCAACGGACAAGAUGAUGACGCCGGUUAGCCAGAAGCUAAAUGCGGCCAAGAAGAAGCAUUUCACAAAGGGUGCUAAGCCCAUGCCGUCUCUAUUCGCCCAGAAAGAGAUCAGCUCUGAUUCUGAGAGUGGGGAUGAGGCAGAGGCGCCUGCGUCGUCAUCAGGUGACAAGAAGAUGGGCGAAGACGAAAACCCCUUCUAGCUUGCCAUUGAAGACGAACUGCUGUAUCAUCAUGAAACUUGUACGACCUCUUGUUUCCUCCUGACUUAUGCCUUUUACUCGUCGUGUCUGUAUAGCUAUACCCAUCGUUUUCGUGCAGUUUGUACCGCCUGGAGCUGGCUCGGACAUGUACAGUAGCUGCAAUCGUUAUUCCACGAACUGCCUUUGUGCAGUACAUGGGCAUUU